AUGAAUAUAAUUAUUUGUACUUCCCUAAUUUUAUUAAUAAAAUGUCGUGAUAGGAAAAAUAUUAAAUUCUCGUUUGCAAAUAUACGUACUCAUAAUCAUGAUUUAUUUUAUGGUAUGAUUUGUUUAAAGAAUGUAAAAAGAAAUAUAAUUAUAAUAAUUAUGAUUGCAGGGUGUGAUGAUAAAUAUUUAGUAUAUUUAGCACAAUUUAGAGAAAAAUGUAGUAGUUUUCAUAAAAAUAAUUGUGCGCACAUAUGCAAUGAACGUAAUGAAUUAAAUAAAAAUAUAUUCAAAAUAAAAAGUAAGUAUCCUACGCAAAUUUCUGCCUAUUCUAAUCUGCAUGUAGAAAAUGAGGGAAAGGAUUUCUGUGAAGGAUGUACUAGUGAAUGUAAAUACAGUAAAAACACUCAAUGUUGUAAUGAAGGAUAUGUUGUGCUAAAAUCAGGCGAAGAACUAUUAUGUGAAGGAAACAACCUUAGUAAAGACGAAACAGUUACAAAAGUUGAAAAGUCUAAGUUACAAUCAAUAUUGGAUUCACAGUUUUCGGAAACCCGAAGUUCAAAAAGUGAUAAUCACGAAAAACCAGAUGAAAAGCCUACUGCUUUAUCUUCACCAGUGUAUGAUCAUCAUUCUACUAGACCUGUAAAAUUGCAAACUAACCCCGAAUCUUUGUCUGUCACAAGUAAUUCAAUAAAUAAUGCAUUCGUUAACAAUGAAAAUAAUGAAUCUUCUGAAAAACCUCUGCCAAGGUAUGGAAUACAGGUAUUACAUAACAAGAGAAUGCUAAUACAUAAGAAGGACCCCCAGAAUAUACUGGUAGCAUAUAUGAUGGAUCUCAAGGUAAUGAUAACCAAUCUCCUUAUAAAGAAGUUCCCAAAGGUAAGAAUUCUAAUUGUUUUCAUACUAAUCAUGGAAAUACGGGUGUUACACAUGCUAUUUCAGAUAUCAAUAUUCGUAUAA